GCAUGUAGAUUAUAUGUUCUAAUAUGCUCACUAUUAAUGCAACAAUUUUCAUACCACAAUUAUGAAUUUGACCCAUCUACUCCAAAAUUCAUAGAUUUCAUGUUCUUGUUAUAUAUACCUGUCCUUCAAAAGAAUUUUACAGCACUCUCUUCCCAUGUUUCCAUUUAUCAUUUUCUUCUCCCUUCUCUUCCUCAUCCUCCUGCCACCAGCAAGCAUAACAGCUACACACCAUCGUCACACAUGGCGCGAUUUCAAGAGGCUACAAGACGCGGAGAAAGGCAGCCACCACAGCAGCAUUGUAGACCUGAAGCAGUACCUGCAUCAUUUCGGUUACCUUGCAUUGCAAGAGACUAAUUUCACAGAUACAUUUGAUGAUGAUUUUGAGCAGGCAAUAAAUGUUUAUCAAUCCAAACUUGGGCUCUCUGUUACAGAUGUCAAGAUAGGGUUUUAUACCGGUGAUCAUGGCGAUGGGGAGGCUUUCGAUGGUGUGCUCGGAGUUUUGGCCCAUGCAUUUUCGCCAGAAAUUGGUAAAUUUCAUCUUGAUGCUGCAGAAACGUGGGCUGUAGAUUUUGGAGCAGAGGAAUCGAGAGUGGCUAUCGAUUUGGAAUCAGUUGUGACACAUGAGAUCGGGCAUGUAUUAGGUUUAGCUCAUAGUUCUGUAAGAGAUUCAAUCAUGUACCCUAGUUUGAAACCUAGGCAUAAGAAGGUGGAUUUGAAGCUGGAUGACAUAAGGGGAGUCCAAGCACUUUAUGGUUCAAACCCGAAUUUUAAAUAUGGUCAUGAGUUGUCUGAGUCCGAUAUUUCUUCGGGGAAUGGCAACGAGUUUACGACUGCAACAUGGAAUCUGGGAACUUAUCUGUUAAUUUUGAUGAUCAUUCAUAAAUUGUGCAUGUAAUCUGAUAUAUAUUAGGCUGUUAAAUCUGUGUAUGCUAAAGGUCUUUAGAAAUAUGUGAUCGUGUAACUAUGAUUAUGUUUUAUAACACUGACAUUUAAAU